UUUAAUCAAAACAAAUAACUUACACAAUAUCGAAAUGAAAUCUUUCGUUUGCUUGACUUUAUUUGUUGUGGUCGUUGCAGUGUCUUCAGCCACAACACAGGGCUCUUCGACUAGUUCCGUGAGCAGCGAUACCAAACAGGAUGUUGAAACUGAGUUGAAAGCCACUCACUCAUCCCAACUGACCAACGAAUAUAAUCGUUUUAGAAAAUCUGCUGGUUAUGGUGGUUCCGGUGGCGGUUAUGGUGCAGCCAGCAUUCCAGCUCCUCCCUGCCCCAAGAAUUACUUGUUCAGUUGCCAGCCUAAUUUAGCACCGGUACCCUGUUCGGCCCCAGCUCCCGCCUAUGGCUCAGCAGGCGCUUAUUCGGCACCAGUACCCACAUAUAUGGCACCUCUAGGAAAUAACUAUGGCGUUCCCCAAGGCUACAGUGGUUUUGUACCCCAAAACUUCAACCAAUUCUAUCAAUAUUAAAACAAUUAUUUUAUUAUUUUCAACCUCAAUAAAUACACACGCCAUAAUUAAAGGAUUGUAAUACGAAUGAAUAGACUGUACCACAUACUAUAAAUAAUUUUAAAUA